AUGGUGUUUGCUAAGAAAGACGUUGAUUAUUCAUUAUAUCUGGUGACUGAUUCCACCAUGCUUCCACCUGGAACUACACUGUGUUCUCAGGUUGAAGCUGGUUUAAAGAAUGGUGUGACGCUUGUCCAAAUUCGUGAAAAGGAUACUGAGACAAAGAAAUUCAUCGAAGAGGCUUUGGAAGUACAGAAAGUAUGCAAGAAAUAUAAUGUACCCUUAAUAAUCAAUGAUCGUAUAGAUGUUGCCAUGGCAAUUGAUGCUGAUGGUGUGCAUGUGGGUCAAGAUGACAUGCCCAUCCCAAUGGUGAGAAAACUCCUGGGCCCUUCCAAAAUUCUUGGCUGGAGUGUUGGUAAGCCCUCUGAAGUAGAGACGUUGGCUAAAUGGGGUCCAGACAUGGUAGAUUAUGUUGGUGUUGGUACUCUUUUCUCAACAUUGACUAAGAAAAACCCCAAGAAAUCGCCAAUGGGUCCUCAGGGUGCAAUUGCCGUUUUAGAUGCGUUGGAGGAUUUUAAGGCUUCAUGGUGUAGAACCGUCGGUAUCGGUGGUCUUCAUCCUGAUAACAUUCAGCGUGUUAUUUGCCAAUGCGUUGCUUCAAACGGAAAGAGGUCUUUGGACGGUAUUUCAUUGGUAAGUGAUAUCAUGGCUGCACCAGAUGCCUGCGCAGCAACUAAGAGAUUGAGAAAGUUAUUAGAUGGAAUUAAAUACCAAUUUGUUGAUUGCAAGUUGAACGAAACAUUCCCAACGGCAGCUUCCAUUCAAAGUGUUAUUUGUCAAGUUUCAAGCAACCGUCCACUUGUGCAACAUAUGACAAACAAGGUCCAUCAAAAUUUUGGUGCCAAUGUUACUCUAGCUUUAGGCUCAUCUCCUAUUAUGUCGGAAAUUGAAAGUGAAGUAUCUGAGUUAGCACGGAUUCCAAAUUCUUCCCUACUAUUAAAUACUGGAUCGGUGGCACCUAUUGGGACGCUAAAGGCUGCAAUUAGUGCCUACAAUGAAGUCAAGAGACCAAUUACCUUUGAUCCAGUUGGAUACAGUGCUACUGAAACAAGACUCUGUUUGAACAAUACUUUACUCACUUGUGGUCAAUUUGCUUGUAUUAAGGGAAAUUGCAGUGAAAUACUAUCUCUAGCCAAAUUAAACAAAGAUAAGAUGAAAGGUGUCGACGCCAGCAGCGGAAAAAUGGACGUCAACAUGCUUGUGCGCGCCACUCAAAUUGUAGCAUUUCAGUACAGGACUAUUGCUGUUUGCACAGGUGAGGUUGAUUGCAUUGUUGAUGGUACUUUUGGCGGCAAAUACAAACUUUCAUCAGGCACAGCAGGCGUUACCGCUGAGGAUCUCCCAUGCGUAAUAAUCGAGGACGGUUCAAUUCCUAUUAUGGGGGACAUAACUGCAAGUGGAUGCUCACUUGGUUCUACCAUCGCUUCUUUUAUUGGUGGGUUAGAUCCUACCGGCAAUCUGUUUGAUGCAGUGGUUGGUGCUGUUCUCUUGUACAAGUCAGCUGGUAAGCUAGCUUCUACUCGUUGCCAAGGAAGUGGUUCCUUCCAUGUCCAACUGAUUGACGCAUUAUAUCAACUAUUCCACGAAAAUAAACCCGAGAAGUGGUCUGCUUCUUUAAGGAAAUUCAAAUAA